CUGAUGUCAGCCGCCGCGCGCACGGGGCGGGGCUGUCACGUGGUCGGCGGGCGCGCAGCUGCGUUUCUCUGGGCCGCUGGGUGCGGGCGGCCUGGAGAUGCCGCAGCCCGGGGCCCCGAACGCCGCCCUCCUGCGCCGCCGGCCGAGGGGACGCUGAGCAUGGCCGCCCUGCUCUGCUGAGUCUGCAAUGGGAAGCCUGACGGUGCGAUACUUCUGUUACGGAUGCCUCUUCACGUCUGCGGCCUGGACGCUUCUGCUUUUCAUCUAUUUCAACUUCAGUGAAGUCACUCAGCCACUCAAGAAUGUGCCCAUCAAGGGGUCCGGGCCUCGAGGACCGUUCCCAAUGAGGUUCCAUCCCCGGUUCACCCGGGGGCCUGGCCGAGCGCUGGAGUCGCAGCUGAGGUCCCACAGGCUUGACCGCGUGGCUGGCGACAGUCAUGAGGAAGAUCUGGCCGGAGGCGACGCGAGAGCCUCCUUGGAGCUAGGCAUGAUUUUCAGCGAGCGCGACCAGGAGCUGCGGGACCUGGGCUACCAGAAGCACGCCUUCAACCUGCUCAUCAGCAACCGCCUGGGCUCCCGCCGGGCCGUGCCCGACACCCGGAACGCCGCGUGUAAGGACAAGUCAUACCCCGAGGACCUGCCCGUGGCCAGCGUGGUCAUCUGCUUCUACAACGAGGCGCUAUCCGCCCUGCUGAGGACUGUGCACAGCGUCCUGGAGCGCACGCCCGCCCGCCUGCUGCACGAGGUCCUGCUCGUGGAUGACGACAGUGACUUUGAUGAUCUGAAAGCAGAGCUGGAUGAAUACGUCCAAACACACCUCCCUGCAAAGGUGAAGGUGAUAAGAAACGCCAGACGCGAGGGGCUGAUCCGCGGCAGGAUGGUGGGAGCGGCCCACGCCACGGGGGAGGCCCUGGUGUUCCUGGACAGCCACUGCGAGGUGAACGUGGAGUGGCUGCAGCCGCUGCUGGCCGCCAUCCGCCAGGACCGGCGCACAGUGGUCUGCCCCGUCAUCGACAUCAUCAGCGCCGACACGCUGGCCUACAGCUCGUCCCCUGUGGUGCGAGGCGGCUUCAACUGGGGGCUGCACUUCAAGUGGGACCUGGUACCCCAGUCGGAGCUCGAGGGCCCGGCGGGAGCCACCGCACCCAUCAGGUCGCCGACCAUGGCCGGCGGGCUGUUCGCCAUGGACAGGCGCUACUUCAGUGAACUCGGGCAGUACGACGGCGGGAUGGAUAUCUGGGGAGGAGAGAACUUGGAGAUCUCGUUUCGGAUCUGGAUGUGUGGCGGCAGCCUCUUCAUCAUCCCCUGCUCGCGCGUGGGGCACAUCUUCCGUAAAAGGCGCCCGUACGGCUCUCCGGAAGGCCAGGACACCAUGACGCACAACUCGCUGCGGCUGGCCCACGUGUGGCUGGAUGAGUACAAGGAGCAGUACUUCUCCCUGCGGCCAGACCUGAGGACCAAGAGCUACGGGGACAUCAGCGAGCGCGUGGAGCUAAGGAGGAGGCUGGGCUGCAAGCCGUUCAGGUGGUAUCUGGACACCGUCUACCCUGAGAUGCAGGUGUCCGGGCCCAACGCCAAGCCCCAGCAGCCCGUCUUUGUCAACAGGGGCCCCAAGCGCCCCAGAGUCCUGCAGCGCGGCCGGCUGCUCCACCUCCAGACAGGCAGGUGCCUGGUGGCCCAGGGCCGCCCGAGCCAGAAAGGAGGCCUCGUGGUGCUCAAGGCCUGCGACUACGGGGACCCCGGCCAGGUCUGGGUGCUGAGCGAGGAGCACGAGCUGGUGCUGAGCGGCCUGCUGUGCCUCGACGUGUCCGAGACGCGCCCGUCGGACGCCCCGCGGCUCAUGAAGUGCCACGGCUCGGGGGGCUCGCAGCAGUGGACCCUCGGGAAGAACGACCGUCUGUACCAGGUGUCCGUGGGGCAGUGCCUGAGGGCCGCGGACCCGCUGAGUCCCCGGGGCCCCGUGGCCGUGGCCGUGGCCAUCUGCGACGGCUCCCCCCCGCAGCGGUGGCACCUGGAAGGCUGAGGCAGGGACGUGACCGAGCCUGUCCUGCCAGGUGCCCUCGGAGCCACCUCAGGCUUUUCUCCUGAAGGUGGGAAGCUGGGACGGACUGGACGACCCCCGUGGCAAGACCCCUGUGCCCACGCGGACGUGGCUCCCGGACCGACUUGGUGCCGGGCAGGGGGACGUGGGUGGGCGCUGGUCCCAGCCGCUGGGAGGUGGUGAGGGGCCGCGUCGCAGUGCCUACGUGAGCUUCUGUCUCAGGAGCAGCUAACUUAUAAAUUAUUUUGAUGGGUGAUGGUACGGGCGCAUUAAAAUAAAGGAUCCUUUUAAACCC